AGGUUGCCCGUCCAGACUAAAAUUACCACGUCUCAGUGGUGUCUUAUCGCGCCAUGACGACGUCCAAAGUGCACUGCGGGGACGGUAGCGCGGCCGCCGCCGCAACCGCCAACAGCUGGGUGCAGUCGUCGAAAGAGCUCUUGCAUGCGUACGCCGACCCGGACGAGGCGCAUCUCUCGCUGCGCAGUGUCGUGCGGCGCGCCAUGGAGCGCGAGUACGUCCUCAUGCAGUUCAAGCGGUGCCAAGAGCAAGUGGGCAUGGACCCCAACCUGCUCUUCUUUGCAGAGCCGUACGAGACCGACUUUUUGCGAUUUCUCAACACGAUCAACGCCGUCCGUGUCCGGAUCACCUUUUCGAUCGGGGGCCUUGCGUCCGCGCUCCUCUUUUGGUACGAGGCGGCGCGACUCGACGCUUACGACGCCAGCCUCCAAGGCUUUUCGCCAAACCACGAGCGCGCUUUGUACAUUUUGACCUUUGGCGUCAUUGUGCCGACGUUCGCCGCCGGAUUUCUCAUCUCGUUCUGGCCGCGCGCCCAGCGCCAGCACCUCGAGCGCAUUGCGAUCUGCGUCUACUGGAUCGUGGCCAUGGCGUUCAUUACGAAAAAGUGGGUUCAAGCUGCGACCGGGCCCGUCUUGCCGCUCGUGAUCCUCUUCAUCCCGAUCUUCAACGUCACGCGCGGCCGGUUUGCGUACAACUGCGUCCUCGGCUGGAGCAUCGUCGUCACGUAUUUCAUCGUGGAGCUCUCCCUCGGGCCCGACCUGACGUCCGCGGUCGUAUUCCAGUCGGUCAACUACUCGAUGGGCGUAAUUGCGGGUAUGGUGUCUAACUACCAGCGGGAAAUUCUCAAGCGACGCAACUAUACACUGGGACUGCCCUUUCAAGGGGUCAUUAGCGACGCGUCGUCGCGCAUCCACGACCCACGGUAUCGCAAGGAGCAUUUGUGCUCGACCAUAACGCAAGCGUUUCGCAGCGACGAGCUCGAACAGUAUUUCAUUCGGUACUGGUAUCUCCUCGACGGCAGUCCGUACGAGAACCCCAAGGCGGGCGUGCUGCACCUCAACGUCUACCGCGGCAUCCGCAACUCCACCAUCGCGCUCUUCCUCAACCAAAUCACGCUCAGUCUCCAAGAUACCAUCAAUCUCAACGGCCAAGACAUCUACCCGUGGACCUUCCUCUUGCGACAUGGCGGUGUCUGCGCCAUGUACGCGCUGCAGUACCGUCUUUUCUACUACUAUGGCCGCUUGUACGCCAACCUGUGGCGGAGCCAGCGCGAAGCAAAGCUGUCGGUGGUCCAGCCGCAGAAGAAGUAUGUGGCGCCGAGCGACAACUCGCCGCCAUCGUCGCCGGCCAAAACAACCAUUUACGUGCAAACCAAAGCCGUGCUCGAUCGUACCAUGGACGGUUUGGAUGGCGGCAUGCAAAAAGCCCAACAAAUGACGACACUCAUUACAAGCCAAGUCAAGCAAGUCGUCCACGAGAAGCGGGGAUACACGCACUCGGCGCAGCGCACAACAUUGCUCGUGCUGGCCGUGCACAUUAGCGUCAGCGGCGGUAUCUUUUUUUGGAUCGCGACCUCGAUUGGCGCCAAGUCGGUCUAUCUCAUGGGCUUCCUCAACGCUCUUCUGUCGGCGCACCGGUCCGGUUUUCGCCUUAGGUUUGUCUACUCGAGCACGGGGACAAGUGCGCUCAGCAUUGCCUUUGUGACCCUUCUCAAAUGGCUCGUGCCCGAACGCUUUACCGAGUUCAUGUCGUAUGUCCUUGUCGUCCAACUCCUUGGCAUGAUCAUCUCGUACGAAGAAGAAAACCUGCGCCGCUCGUUCUUUAUCAAGAAGACGCUGCGACUGCUCGAAUUCCAGUCGUGGUGCCGCGACACGAUUCUGCUUCCCCUCUGGAUCCGCAACAAGCUCCGCGAGAAGGCUUCGUCGGCCAAAGCGCGUGUGAGUGCAAAGCACGCAGCUUCGACGACGACGACUCCGAAUGUGAGCGACGAGCCCAAUCUCAAACUCAAUUUGCGGGCGUCCUUGGCGGUGCUCAAAACCGUGGUCGCCAACCCGAUGCAAACAGUCGCGGGACUCAAGACCGCCGUGGCCCAUCCACUGCAAACCGCCGCCGCUCUUCCGUCGGCGCUGCCCACGAUGGGUCGCUUCAACGUCGAUUGGCGCAUCGACCUGCGCGAGCUCCAGGCACAUCUCAACAAAGAGAACGACGUUGUCACGAGCGCGUCCGCUCGGUACAGCAAAGCCAGCCUCUACGGGGUCUACGCCAACUCGGUCAAUGUUCUCAUCGCGGCGGGCCAAGUCAUCUUUUUCUUUGCCCGGCGAUGAGAUAGAGUUGCAUUUUCUCUCGACGAAAUCGGCCACAAACUCCAGCGUACGAAUAGUAAUACUAUCUAGCUUUUCAUUGACA